UCAACUGCCAUCAUGAAGGUUCUCGUGGUUUUAGCCCUGGCUGUUUUCACAGGCUGCCAUGCCAACGUUCUGUGGCAGGACCCAGCCAAGCUGGACUUGGUGAAAGAUGCAUUCUGGGACUAUGUUGCCAAGGCGACCCUCACUGCUGAAGACACCCUGCAGAAGAUCAAGCAGUCUGAGCUGGGCCAGGAAUUCAAUGCCAGGAUCUCUGAGAGUGCUGUUGCUGUCAACCAGUACAGUGUGGCCCUGCAGGGUCAGGUGACCCCCCUGACUCAGGAUCUGCUGGCUAAGCUCACCCAGGAGGCUGAGCUGCUGAAGGGCCGCCUGGAGCAGGACAUGAUCACCAUGAGGGCCCAGCUGCAGCCCUACGCCGUGGAGCUGAGCACUGACAUCCAGAGGCAGGUGGAGGAGCUGAAGAAGGAGGUGGCAGCCUACGCAGAGGGAGUGGACUCUGAGAAACUGAAGGCCAGCCUGCUGCAGAAGAGCGACGAGCUGAAGGAGAGCCUGGAGAAGAGCGUGACGGAGCUGCAGUCUCUGCUGGUUCCCCAGACAGACGAGCUGAAGCAGAAGAUGGAGCAGAACCUGGAGGCCUUCCAGCACAGCAUCGCUCCUCUGACCCAGAGCUUCCAGACCCAGCUGGCCCAGAAGACCCAGGAGAUCCAGCAAAGUCUGGCUCCCUACGGAGUGCAGUUGGAGAAGCUGGAGGUCAACGCCCAGGACCUGAAAGUCCAGCUGGCCUCGCUCUGGGAGUCCUUCACCAAGGGCAGCCAGUAAACACAGUUGCUGGAACUGGACACGAGUUCUCAUUUCAAGUUUUCUGUCAUAUUUUAAAAUGCUGCUGUUGGACUGAAGGUGUUAUUUUAGGGAUGAAAAGUGCAAUAUUACAUAAAAAGUGUACCUGGACAAGUUGUUAAGGUUCCUGGUUAAGAACACAAACAAAUCACAAAGAAAACAGUUUUGAACAGUAUUAUUUAUUCUUUUUGUGACUGUGUUCAUGUCUC